UUUUUUUUGAUUUAUAUUCAUACUAUUCGAUAUGUCUUCCGCCGAUCAUAUAGCCCUAUCUGAUGACGAUGAUGACGAUGUCGUAUUCAGAGACUUCCGCAACAUCAAUAAUCGAUUUCAACAACGACUUUUGGAAGCACAGCAUGCAGCCACGGAAAAACAAAUUGAAGAUCAAUUGGACUUGAUGGAAAAGGAUUUGGGACCACAAGAUAUUCAACGAGAAUGUCAUACUAUUCAAUCCAAAAUAGACAAAGUGGAAGCUGAAGUGGAUGCUCUGAAACAACAACUCUCCAAUUGGCAAGCUAAAAGAAAGGAACAAGCUAGUCUGACCAAUAUGACACCUGAAGAACGAGCAAACAAAAUAGAGCAACAGCGACAACGACAUGAAAGCAUCGUUAUAGAUCAAGCUGAUUUGGAUUCCAUUUUUGAUUACUUGUCUGAAAUAGGACAAUCUUAUAGCAAUGCGGCAGGAUUGAAACCACAUCGUGCGGCCAGAACAAAUAACAAUGAAAUGACGAUGCAAGCUCUACAAAGUCCGGAUGUACUAGAACAAGUGGAUUUUACUCAUAUAGAAUUCACCACAGUGGAAAACAAAUUUUAUGAAGAUCAAUCAAUUGAAGAUGUGACGGACAGCGGAAAUCUAGUGGAUCGAUCAUAUAGAGAUUGUACUUUAGAAGGCAAAUCUUAUAACUCUUCGUUCAAGGUGACUUUUCGUAUUGAUGCAUUACUUGAUGUGAAUCGAUUGGAUUUUGAUCUAGAUAUGGAUUUACAUGUGGAUGCUGGACCUAUUUUAUUACGAAGAAUGCAAUUUGUUGAUGUUAUUUCGCUUGAUAUCUCAUCAUUCUCGACUGGAUUAUGAUAAGAAACGGACAUUUGAUUAUUUGACUUCCCAUUACAAGGAAAAAGAAUCUGGAGUGACGACGACUACUGAAGGAACUCAUAGCAUUAUUUUUUCGUCAAGAGCGGAUUUACCACAAUUGAACCUUACUUGGACUUAUAAUACAACGGAUUAUACUACGAAAACGGA